CUCUGGCCAGAGAUUGACGAGGCCUGGGCUCCCUCUCCAGCCAAUGAGCGCGUUCCGGGGCGGGCCCUGGAACCGGCUGUCCUCGCUACUUAAGAGUCGUCCCGGAGGCUGUGGGAAAGCAGAGCGGAGCUGAGACUGCCGAGGUAGAACUGAAUCUCUAGCCAGCGCGGAAGGGCGGGCGCGCGGACACCGCGCCGGGCACAGCUUCGCACCUUUCCGCGCGGGGCAGAGCGGAGUUGCAGCCUCACACGCCGCCCCGGACCCACUCGCCACGGUCACCUCCGCAGCAUCCAUGGGGACCAGGAGACUUUAAAGGAGUUUGGGGUUUCAGGAGCAGGGAAAUCACGGAUCCCGGCUCCUGGCUCUUGCCUCGCCGCGUCAUUGAUGGGCAACCAACUGGACCGCAUCACCCACCUCAACUACAGCGAGUUGCCCACAGGGGACCCAUCAGGGAUCGAGAAGGACGAGCUGCGGGUCGGGGUCGCCUACUUCUUCUCGGAUGAGGAGGAGGACCUGGACGAACGCGGCCAGCCCGACAAGUUUGGUGUGAAGGCGCCUCCGGGCUGCACCCCCUGUCCGGAGAGCCCCAGCCGCCACCAUCACCACCUGCUGCACCAGCUGGUCCUCAACGAGACUCAGUUCUCUGCCUUUCGGGGCCAGGAAUGCAUCUUUUCCAAAGUGAGCGGCGGCCCUCAGGGCGCCGACCUGAGCGUCUACGCGGUCUCCGCGCUGCCGGCGCUCUGCGAGCCGGGCGACCUGCUGGAGCUGCUGUGGCUGCAGCCCGCGCAGAAGCCGCCCGCGCCCGCCCCGCACUGGGCAGUCUACGUGGGCGGCGGGCAGAUCAUCCACCUGCACCAGGGCGAGAUCCGCCAGGACAGCCUGUACGAGGCGGGCGCGGCCAACGUGGGCCGGGUGGUGAAUAGCUGGUACCGCUACCGCCCGCUGGUGGCCGAGCUGGUGGUGCAGAACGCCUGCGGCCACCUGGGCCUCAAGAGCGAGGAGAUCUGCUGGACGAACUCAGAGAGCUUCGCCGCCUGGUGCCGCUUUGGCAAGCGGGAGUUCAAGGCCGGAGGGGAGGUGCCGGCUGGCACGCAGCCGGCGCAGCUGCAGUACUAUCUCAAGGUGCACCUUGGGGAAAACAAGGUGCACACGGCCAGAUUUCACAGCCUGGAAGACCUCAUCCGCGAGAAGCGCCGCAUCGACGCCAGUGGCCACCUGCGAGUGCUCCAGGACCUUGCCGAUCUCGUGGACGACAAGGAGUAGCCGCGGAGGGUCCGCCUUCCCCUCCUGUCUCCCCGCGCCCUGCUCCCUUCUCAUUCCCGCACGCGGGCUUCGCAGCCAGCGAUUCACAACCCUCGCCCUCCUCGCGUGCCCGCCGCCGGUGACCAGUGCCCAGGCUCUACCCUCGCACCCCUCCGGCAAGUGGCAGGAAGUCUCAGGAACUGGUGCCGGAACUGGAAGGGCACAGCUGUGCGCUCCUGGCUGAGACCCCAAUAGCGUUGAUUGUGUUGGGAGACCAAGAGCGCAGAGUGCUCGUAUCCCUUCAGGAUGUAAGGGGGGAGGGAAAUGGGCUGAGGGGAGCAGCGACAUGGCUUUCCCGGCGGGUCACUGGUCAGCGACUGUCACCCGACGGGGAAACUACCGCUUACUAAAAAGGGACCAUCACCGCCCCAAACGCACUCACAGAGACCCGUCGGAGGCGAUAGUUGGUCUUUUCAGAGAGCAGUUCAGCUCCUGUAUGGAUGUGUCUCCAGAUUGCAGGAUAUCCAAGAAAUUGAGCCUGUCCCUUAUGCACUUCUGAAUAAUUCCACACGAAAGCACUUGGGGACUCCGGUCUGUCCUGAGGCUGCCCGGGACUUUUCGAGCUCUCCAGCCUCAGGACUGCUGACAUUGUAUUCCAGGCUCCGGGCUAAGCUAGGUAGUGUUUGCUUCCUGUUCUUUCUACCGAGGGAAGCGAACUCCACCGCCCACCCGCAUUGGCUUGUGAGCCUUCCUUGCUGACAGAAGGGAAGGCUUCCCGGGUCCCACGAGGAAAAUGGCGCAGCUAAUUUGGUGAGGAGAGCUAGCCCCGCCCCCGGAAUGGAAACAGUUCACCUGGUGUCUGAAAACUUGAAUGUGUGGAGAAGGGCACUUAAUUGUUCUUAACCCUAGAUUGUUCCCUCCUUGGGCAGCACUUCAGAAAUAGUCAUAUUUUUAAUGGGUUUGGAGGAGAGAGAGGGGGAAGACGUGGCAACAUCCCAGAAACCAGCAUUAUUACAACACCAUAGCCAGUAUAUUUAGUUUGGCUUUUCCUAACAUAGAAAUCUUAGAAGGUGGGGGAGUGGAAAUAAAGUUUUACAGUCAAGAGAGCAGUUUUCCAACUAUGUCAACAAAGCUUAUCUGUUGAUAUUUUUAUUGACCAUUUUAGCAACAUGCUACUAAAAUUUCAAAUUGAAA